ACUAAAGAACAAGCACGUAUGAGUGAGCCCAACGACAACGAGAACAAUCCAUCAGAAGACAUCGAUGCUACGUCAUUUGCUAGUAUUCUUGCGGGAGUAAAGCGAAUGAGAGAGCAGUAUGGUGGAGCAAGUGUUACCGAAGCAGUGGAAACUGUGCCAGAGCAAGCAUCAGUACUGGAACCACAACCUGUUUCAAUACCAGAGCCAAGUUCUAUUACAACUCCAAGAACCUCUCCUAUACCAUCUACAAGUUCAAGAACCACAUUGUUGAAACCGACUGCUGAACCUUUACGACCUUAUCAGCAGCCCGCCCCAGUUAAUUCUACUUCUACUUCGAAACAUCUGACCCAUAGAUCGGCAAGCAUCGCAGAAAUACUCGUGAGUAAAUCUCAAACGGGGAAUCCUCUUUUAAAAGAAUCAAUGAUGAAGUUAACACCAUGGAAAUUCGAUUCAACUAUACUAUCGGAUUAUUAUAUCAGUCCUACUUUUCAAAUAUUGUUUCUUUCGUUGAAAUAUUACAAGAUUAAACCCGAAUAUAUAUGGACCAGAUUAAAGAAAUGGAAUAAAGGAACUUCGGUAGUAGCGAGUCAAAGAAUCAACGAUCGUGCAUUACGAAUAUUAUUAGUUGUCGUGGACAUUGACGGACAUCAAGAAGUUCUUCGGAAAUUACUGGAUAUAUGUAUCAAGAAUGAUUUAACUAUGGUAUUAGCAUGGUCAUUUGAAGAAGCUGGCAAUUAUAUAGCCAUGGCGAAACAAUUAGAUAAUGCACCAUCAAAGACAAUUCUGAGCAUUAAAGGAAUUAGAGGUGUUGAUUAUAAUUCGAGUGUGGUCGAAGCAUUCACCGGGAUCAGAUCUGUCAACAAGACUGAUGUUUCUAACCUACUAGCAAAUUGCAAGUCAGUUAAGCAAAUUGUGUUGGAGAGUUGUAAAGAGGAUUCAGAAAAUAUGUUGGCUGAUAUUGGUGGGUUGGGAAGUACAAAGCUACGAAAUCUAAGACAAGUGUUUCUGGAACCUUUUAUUUACAACAAGCAAUAUAACCAGGACUAACUAGUGGCUGUUUGUUGCUGUUGUUGUUUUUCUAAUUCUAUAACUUUUCUCCUUAAUAUUAAGUUGACAGCAUUUAAUAAAUCGUUCUUUUCCACUAGAAUAUCCUUUAAUUUCUUUGCGUCUUGAUCCAACUUCUUGAUCUUGGCUUCAUAUACUGAUUUACCGUCUUGGGCCAGUUUUUCAACAUAGUAUCCAGUACCGAUAUCAACAAGAUAUUCAUUUCGUUUAACAACUUUACCAGGUAUGUAUAACGAACUAGUCAAAGGAAUCAACAAGUCUUCCGAUUUGCCAGCUUCUAAAUUGUCGAUACUGGUUAUGCAUUCUUUUAAUUUGGAUUGGGCUGCUUGUAAGGCUUGAAGGGAUUGGGUGAAGUGGGUCACUUCUUGAUCAAUUGAUUUACGGAAGUCGACCAACUGUUGUGGUGAAAGUUUGUUUAAAUCUAUCUUGUUAGACAUGGUAUGUACUGGAUAUAGUCUGUGUAGGUUGGUGGACUUGAGAUCUGGAU